GGCUGGUUUUAACUUGUUGACGUACAGGCUGCAAGUUAAACUAUUCUAAAGAUUACAUUUCCGCACAGCUUCCUUUUCUUGAAAUGUGCUAAAGUCUAAACAACACAACAGCUAAUCUGAAAGCCAAUGGCCAAAAUAUUUUCAUAGCGAUCAUGCUAUAGAUGGUAAACUAUUAGUUUUUACAAAGUUUUCUCAAACCACAAUUUAUGAAGAAUUCCUUGUUUUUUUAGGUUUGAACUUUUGCUCUGUCAAAUAUUCUAAGUUUGAAUUCCAUAAGCAUAAAGCCCAAAAAUCACAAUAUGAAAAUGCAUUAAAACUUUUACAAGAUGAUGAUCAAUAGUUUUUUGUGAGCAAUCAUUCUCUUCUCAUAAUCAGAAAGGAUGUGAAGGAGGUGGAUGACUACUAUGGUCAACACUUUCUUGUUCAGCAUGAUCUGCUUAGAGAAAUAGCUAUGGACAAUAGCAGCCAGGAGCCAAUAAGACAGAGGAAAAGACUGUUUAUUAACUUAAGUAGGAACGAGCUUCCAGAGUCAUUGAAAGAAUGUAUGGAACAACCAGUUAGAGCGCGCCUAGUGUCUAUCUCGACUGAUGAAAUGAUCUCAUCAAAUUGGUUGGACAUGCAACUACCUGAAGCUGAGGUUCUAGUUCUUAAUUUCCGGACAAAGGAUUAUGCCUUGCCUACGUUUGUGGUAAACAUGAAGAAGCUAAAGGUUCUGAUAGCUACAAGUAGUUUAAAUUAUGCUGAAUUAAGUGAUUUCCAAUUGCUUGGUUUGUUAACCAAUUUGAAGACAAUAAGACUGGAGCGCAUUUCAAUUCCUUCCCUGAGCGAGACUUGUGAACCAUUGAGGAAUCUGCAGAAAAUAUCUUUGUACAUGUGUCUCUUUGCUGAGGCUUUUCGCGAUUGUUCCAUCCAGAUUUCAGAUUUAUUGCCAGAGCUAAGGGAGAUGAAUGUGGACUUCUGCGAGGAUUUGGUGAGACUGCCGGCUGGGCUUUGUGAUAUCGUCCACCUGAAGAAGUUGAGCAUCACACACUGUUAUAAGCUGUGUGAACUGCCGAACGAAAUCGGAAACCUGAGGAACCUCCAAGUUCUAAGGCUUAGGUCCUGUACAGAAUUGGAAAUAUUGCCGGACUCUAUUAGGUACCUUUCUGAGUUGUUCACCCUUGAUAUAUCUGACUGCAUCAGAAUUAAGGACUUGCCUGAAGAUAUAGGUGAGUUGAAAAAAUUAAUUAAUCUCAACAUGAAUCACUGCUCUAGAUUGCAGUAUCUUCCAGAGUCAUUUUGGCAACUUGAGCAGUCGUUAGAUUUGGUAUGUGAUAAAGAAAUAAAAUAAGUAUGGGAAAAAUUUUAUCCAGAUGAUCAACACAACAUAACAAUGAGGUCUGUCAAAGAAGAUAUCAACUUAGAGUGGCUUCCGGCAUUUUCAUGACAGAGUGCCUCUUUGUCUCCUUAUAUGGUUACAUGAGUUCCUUGCGUUUAAAUGUAAUUGUACAUCCAGUGUAAUAUUCGCUUAAUUUCUUGUUUUAUCAAAAAUAAAUAAAAAACUUCU